GCGCCGGCAUGGUCGAUACAAAACCACCAUUAAAAGAAUUAUAGACCCAUAGAGCUAAAUUGCGCGCACCUGCUUUUCGUCCCAUAUUAACCCAUCUUAGUGUUUUAAAAUAGUAGCAAUCUAGUAUUUUACAGGUUUUUGUUGUGGAAUUUAACCAUCUAUGCUGCUGAUGGACAGUGAACAUCUAUUUAUUAUGGGUUUUAGAGUUUUCUGAUGAUUCUAUCCACGAACCAACAAUCCAGUACUGGAAUUGAAAAUCAUGUGACCCAACUAUUGAACACACUCCUUUGCCUACUACAAAAACAAUCGUUGAUAAAUGUCAAUUGAAAAUUCAAAAAUGGCACCCGUCUGUCAUUUAUCUGACACUAAAUGCGAAAAUUGCCAAAACAGCUUGUGCAACAAUAACAACAAUAAUCAGGAUUUCAAGGUUGCAACAAUGGAAACUGAACGGGCUACCAGAGAUUUGGUCAAUUUGAAUUUGGUUGAAGAUUUUUCCAUUAAGCAACCAGAAUUUCUACCAGAAGUACAAAACUGCAUCGAAAUUGAAUCCAGUGCCAGUUUCGAUGCGAUACCCAAUCAAAACGAUGAACGAACUUUUGUGAAUUUGAACCAGGACCAAUACGAAACCCUGCAAUACGAAAUUUACGAAGAAACAAUCCAAAAUUCCACCGAAGAUUUCGUAAUCAACCAGGAAAGCUUCGAAAAUGGCUGCAUAGAAAUAUCGCUCAAUAACGAAAACGACUUGGCAAUGGACUCGUCCAACAUCAGUAUUAUCGAAAUAAGAGAUUUCCCUCCAGCUCAAACCGUCGACAUAGCUCAGAUACAAUUUAAUGCUCAAAAUUAUAGUGAAGAAUCGUCCAACAAUUCGGAAAAAUUUGUUACAAACACCAGCUCAACUUUACUAAGCCCAAAAAGCGAUAACAGCGACAUGGAACAGUGCGAACCCGACUUGAAAAGUCUAAAUUGGCUACAGAAUUAUACCAACAUCAUGGCAGUUCCUAAUUUACCAACUCCGCCAGUAUCUCCCAAACCAAAACUUGGAAAAUCCCGUGCCAAUUCGCAAUCGCUAGACAACAAACCACCUCGACCUGCGGAUUUGACCAUAGACAUCACCUUCUACAAGAAAAAUGGCGACAAAAAACCACCGUUUUCAUACGCUACAUUGAUUUGCAUGGCGAUGGGCAAAAACGGCAACCGGAUGACCUUGAGCGCCAUUUACCACUGGAUCAAGGAAAACUUCUUGUACUACCGGAAGGCGCACCCGAGCUGGCAAAAUUCCAUACGGCACAAUUUGUCGUUGAAUAAGUGUUUCGUGAAGCAGGCCCGGUCCAAGGACGAGCCUGGAAAAGGUGGAUUUUGGAGGUUGGAUUUGGAACGGCUGGAAGAGUCUAGAAGGUCGAAACGUCGAUCGUCGCUCACGGUUAGGACACCGAAGAAUGGAGGACAAACACCGAUUAAACCUGUUCAAAGUCAUAAGAAGACAAAAAGAUAUCGCCCAAAUUCGGCUCCAAGCGAACGCAAACACAACAUCCUCUCCAACAUUUCGAUUUGUGGAGAAACAUCUAUCAAAAACGUAGAAGAAGCCGCCAGAGCGAGCAUGAAAGCCAAAAAGUCCGUCUCUGCAAAAUCCUAUUCAAAAGGUAAAAUGUCUCAAAUUGACGAAAAGCGUGAGAUGGUUACGCCACCCUCGAUGCCUCACGCGCCUACUAUAGUCGAGCCCAUUGCGCCCCCUAUUGUUGGAGAAGAAGAACUGACCAGACUACUUUUGGCCACCGAUGGCUGGGACGAUUGUCAAUUGGAAAUGCUCGAUUCCAUUUUGGAUUCGCUUUAGGGUAGAAUUUUUCGUACAAACAGUUUCUAGUCAUGUAGUAAUAAUACCUAAAUAUAACACAGUGUUCUUGUGCCUUUUCGCUCAACACACAGUGUGACGAUUCUUUGAAAAAGAUUGUGUGUGCCUUUUUGUAAUUCUAGAAAAAUGUGUAUAAUUAAAUUUAAGAAGACACUUUUCAGUUACUUUGCUCAAUUUUUUUGGCUCAAAAUUAAAGCUCAAUAUUUAAAUUAUUUUGCUCAAAAUAUUAACAUCCGUCCUAAUAAAAAUUGCCUUUGAAAGUGCACUUUUAUAAUAUUUGUUUAAGUGAUUUUUGUUCUGUAAUCGAUACAGAACUUUUAUUAUCAACUUCCGUCCAAACUAGUAUUUAAGAACCUUUUUAGAUUGUAAAGGGAAAUUGAAAAAAAGAUAUAUGUAUUUACUAUAGGAUUAGUUUUGAAAAUCUGGUUUAGAGAGUAGCAAAUUAGAAGAUUUGUUAUUUGUAACUUAAAUAUUUAUCUACCAUAAUUGAAUCAAUA